AUGGGGAACAUAACUUGUGUUCCUCAGGCCCCUGGGACGCUCCGAGGUUCUUUCCGAAGGAAGCCUUCGCUGAAAAAAGAACAAAAUGGCAAGAAAAAACUGCCCAGCUUUUUUGGUAUAGAAGGAGGGCAGGAGAGAGAUACGACCACAGACAAAAUCCUGCAGUAUAUUCCAGGAAAGAAUAUUCAGAACCAGGAAAACCAGAAAGAAAACUUGGACCAGAGGUUCCCCAGCCUGUUCAAGAAGGGACGAAGGAAAACGGUUGUCAGGAAUCUGGGCAAAAUGAUCUAUUACUCCAAAGUCAAGUUUAAGUUCCAGCACUGCCAGGUGAGCUACGGCACCUCUUUGUGGGGAAAGAGAAUUGCCUUGGGCUACUGUGGUGGUGGCCCUUGGAUAAGCGAUUGCUGGCCCCAAAACGUGUCUUUUCUGCAGGAGGUGAAUGAUUGCUUCUUGGAGCUGUUCCAGUCCUACCUGUACUUCCAGUCUAUGGGCUCCAACGGACUCACCUACCAGGGACUGCUGCCUUUGAAAGAGCUGAACGUGUGUGAAAUUGAGCACGGGAAGAGCACUGGGCAGGAGGAUCACGCUUUCCGCAUUGCAGGUCCUCUGCUGAAUCCCCUUAUCGUGUUCUGCCCUACUGAGUCAGAGCUGAAGCAGUGGCUUUAUCACCUGGAGAAGCAGAUCCAGCUAAAUGGAGGAAGCCUCGGCUUGCCCUUCCUCUCUCAGAACGACUGGAAGCAGAGCUCCAUGGGGAAGGAGGAGCUGCGGUGGUCCGUGCAGAACAUGCCUGUCCAGGAGUGGAGAGGGACCCAGCGGGAAUCCCUAGGCGAUGUCCUCUGUGUUUCCAAAGUGAAGCUUCAGCAUCUGCCUUUCCAGGAGCAGCAUGACCGGCUGCUGGUGCUUUACCCAUCCACACUGGUGAUCGUAUCUGAAGAGCACAACAGCCUCUGUUUUAAGGGUGAGCUGCCGCUCAAUGCCAUCCAAGUGCUUUUUGAAGAGAACGAGAAAACCUCCUUUUUGAUUGAAGGCCGCCUAAUCAAUUCGAUCCGGGUGAUCUGCCACAGCUAUGACGAUUACCAGGAGUGGCUCUACUGUCUCAAAACAGCCCAGUUUCGAAACGCCGACUCCUCCCUCUCCGGAUCAGAGAGUUUCUCGGGAUCAAAGCUGCCACACCCCGGCCAGUUUGCCGGCAGCGGGAGAGGGUCGCUCACUUCUGAUGGCCGUACGAACUCCUGGGCGUCGGGAGGGAGAGUGGCCACCUUAACACACCUCUCCCAGAACAGCGGCUCUCUCCCUGAUGGACAGUCCUUCGUGCUGAUGCCUGAUAGUAGGGUGCUCGAAGACCCCCUCUCCCCUGGCUAUUCCCAGCCUCUCCACUGCCUGGCACAGGCCAACUGGCCAAGCAUGGGGCUGCCCGCUCAGGACCUGCGGAGGGGGGGCAGCGCUAGAAAAUCCAAGGGCAAAUGCGGGCCUUGCGGCCAGCCGCUGCCCAACCCGGACACGGAGAGGACCAUCUGCAGCCUCAUUCCCGAAAACCCCAACGGCGAACUCCUGUCCUCGGUGUACAACGAGCCGUACGCCGCGCACAGCUCGCAGCAUCGCCCCGCGGCUCCCCCGCCGCACCCGGACCUGAGCGAUCUGAACAGAUGGAGCUUGGUGGGAAGUCAGCCCUCGACAGCUUCCAGCUCCCUGGAGAAGCCGCCCGUGCCCCGCUCCCCCUUGUACGCUGACCCCUAUACGCCCAGCUCCCCCAGCGCUCGCAGCCUGGCAGGCUCCAGCCUCCUGGAAGAGAUCUGCUUGCACCUGGGCUGCGAUUUUGCUGACCCUCAUGGGAACGUCGGUGCUUACGACCUGCCAGACUCCACAGCCUACCACGACUAUGCCGAGCUCCAGAGCUUCCAGAGCGACUUCAGCUAUGACAAUCUUUGGGAAGCCGAGGCGAAGGAGCCAGGCACCCUGCACACCUCCCCAGCACCCAGCCAGCAGUUUUACCAGGCCUGA